ACACAGACAGACAGACAGACAGACAGACAUAUGCGCGCUCCCACUUCCGGUUAAAUUAAGUUUGUCUCGUUUUUCCAGAUCUAACCCCCCCCCCCCCCCCCCACACACACACACACACACACAUUUAGAAGAGAACCGGUAGUUAAAAAAAACAGUCCACGCUGGAAACACCAGGCAGGCAGUUGGAGAUUCCGCCGGUGAUUCCGUCCGUGUGUGGUCGGUACUUCGGUCCAUUCUUCGGGGCUGAACCUCGCAGACUCAACCCGGACCAGGACACUCUCAGAUGGUGUUUGGAAAACUGCUGGUUGGAUUUUCCUCAGCCGGUGUGUCUUUACUGUACAUUCCAGGGUGAAAGAUGGCAACCGAGACUCAGGUUGUGGAGAAGCUGCGUGCUACAUUUCGCUCAGGAAUCACAGUACCAGAGCAGUUUCGUAGAACGCAGCUGAAUAAUCUCAUGGCCAUGGUCAACGAGAAUGAGGAGCAAAUUCUGAAGGCGCUGCACCAAGACCUCGCCAAGCCAAAAUUUGAGGCCAUCCUGUCUGAGCUUGUCAUACUAACUAAUGAGCUGCAUUACGCCAUCUCCAAUCUGAGAAGCUGGAUGCAGCCAGAGUAUGUCAGCAAAAGUCUGGCCACAAGGUUUGACGACUGUUUUGUUCAGAGGGAACCAUUAGGGGUAGUUUUAAUCAUUGCGCCGUGGAACUACCCCCUGCAGCUCCUCCUCUUACCUCUGGUUGGAGCCAUCGCUGCAGGAAACUGUGCUGUGAUCAAACCUUCAGAGAUCAGCUUGGCCACAGAGAAUCUAAUGGCAGAGCUCAUCCCCAGAUAUCUGUCUCAGGACUGUUAUGCAGUUGUUCGUGGUGGACCAGAGGAGACCAAGGCCCUGCUGGAGAAUCGGUUUGACCACAUUUUCUACACGGGUUCUCAGUCUGUGGCUCGUAGCAUCCUGCAGGCGGCUUCAGUCCACCUGACCCCCGUGACCCUUGAGCUUGGCGGUAAGUGUCCAGGUUUCAUCUAUGGACAUGUGAACAUUGUGGCCGCUGCACGCCGCUUGGUCUGGGCCAAGUUCUUCAAUGCUGGGCAGAGCUGCGUGGCGCCCGACUAUCUACUGUGCACACGGGCCACCCAGGACACCCUGGUGCCUGCUCUGCGCCAGGCCCUCGAGGACUUCUACGGCACGAAUCCUCAGACCUGCCCUGACCUGUCUCGCAUUGUGUCUCCUCGACACUGGACUCGUCUGAUGAAUCUGCUGGGGAGGUCAAAGGGCAAGGUGGUAGUGGGAGGAGAGAGCAAUGAAGAGGAUAAGUACAUAGCUCCCACUGUGCUGGUGGAUGUCACUGAGGAUGACGCCCUGAUGGAGGAGGAGAUCUUUGGUCCCAUCCUGCCCAUCAUCACCGUGGAGUCUCUGGAGAAAGGGAUAGAGUUCAUCAACUGCAGGGAGAAGCCGCUGGCCCUCUAUGUAUUCUCUGAUGAAUCAUCUGUAAUAAACAUGGUUCUGGAAAAGACCAGCAGUGGAGGAUUUGUCUCUAAUGAUGGGAUCAUCCACAUGAGCCUACCAGGCCUGCCCUUCGGAGGUGUAGGCGGCAGCGGUUGGGGCAGUUACCACGGCCGCUGGGGCUUCGAGACCUUCAGCCACCGGAAGGCAUGCAUGCUGCGUGGGUGGGCUCUGGAGCGACUCAACGGGCUACGGUAUCCCCCAUACCGAGACGACAAACUGGGCUGGCUACGCUGGACCGCCUCCCCUAAGAGCAGCUGUGCACUGAUGUGACCUUGAAGACCAGAUUUUUAUUAUGUGAGUGGAAACGUCAGGUAAAGGUGGAGUUGGGCUGCACUUCUAUGUUAAGGUGCUGAUCCUUCUUGACACUAUAUGAUCAUACAAGUUGAUUUCCCUAACAGACUUUCCUGAUCUUGUUUACCAAUCCCACUGUAACUACAAACCAUUUUCUACUAUCAGUAUUUAAAAAAAAAAAAAGAAAAAUUCUUCAUCACUGGGAUCUUAUUGGCACUAACUGUAACUAUGUCAAGUAAUCUCUGAUCCUUAACCAGAACUCUGUUCAUGUUUUAUGAUCAAACCCGUGUUUCUCUCUUUGCCUGGUUUUAGUCGUUUGUGUUUAAAUCUUCACAUGGUGAGGUCAGUGUCGAAUGUUUUCAACAACCUGUUUGGAUGGAGUUUCUGUUGUCUAACGGGAUUAGGGAGUUUUAAGUCUUUGCAUAAAAUGUACAAAUUUUUAUGUCCUCUCUACAUUUUAUAUCUUCAUUCUGGCCUUUUUUUUUUUAUUUAUGACAAUCUUCAAAAUAAACUCUUGAAUUUCUAUGUA